AUGAGCCCCAAAUCCAUAGAGACAUUUCAGUGUUUCUGGAAUGAAACUACCCUGGAUAGUCAAGCGUCUGGUCGACCGGUCAGCUGCUACAUUUUAUCAAACUUGUCACUCGCGCCUCCCACCCCCAUCAUCUUCCAGCUAUUGAUUAUGCCUGUGACUGACAAUAUGGCAUCCACCACUGACGAGAGAUACCCGUCUUGGAAAGAGUGCCAGAAUACCAUUUGGCUGUGCAAAGGGCGGAUGAUGUGGUUCCGCAACAUGUACCUUCCUGACCCUGCGACCUUGACAGAACCAGACAACUCACUUAUCUUCGCGUCGGACGCUUUGCUAGCCAAGGUCCCCCCUGCAUUCGUUAGCGUCUGCGAGCUCGAUAUUCUGUGGGAUGAAGGACUGGUGUAUGGCGAGAAGUUGAAGUCGCUUGGGGUAAAGAUAGAGGCAAAGGUUUACCCAGGAGCGCCACAUCAGAUUCUUGGGAUGGAUGCUGCGCUGAAAGUUGGGAAGCAGCAGGCUGACGACGCCAUCAAGGCUGUGGGAGAUGCUUUCAAGGCGGCAUAG